UUUUUAGGUUUCCAGUCGGAGUUGUGUUGUUAGUGCACCGCUUCCGCUAUUAACAGCUGCUGGAGCUCUUUUGCGAAGUUAAAUCUUUUUUUCCCCUCGCAUUUAUUUGUAUAAUCAGAGAAUUUUUUAGCGUCAUUAUUGUUAUCAUGGAGAUUUUGUAAAAGGGCCGGUUGAUAUUUUGCGGGCUGAGUUAUGGUGUAAACACGGACACUUCCUGUUUCCGACACUAGCUCCAGGUAGCUACAGUAGCUAAGCUUGGAAGACACGAGCAAGAACGAGUACAGUGGUAAAGAGGAAAGAAAGAAAGAAGCCGGGAUACGAGAGAAAGUGUGUGUGUGUGUGUGAGGGUCAGCGAUGCUGACGCUGGCGAGUAAGCUGAAGAAGGAGGAGGGUGUGCGUGCGGCCAGAGCCAUGUCAGGCUCCAUCGACGCCCCACACAGAGUAUCUAUACGAGACCGGCUUCUUAUUAAAGAAGUCGCAGACCUCGAGCCAAAUCUUCCUAGCACUUGUAAGGUCCUGUUUCCUGAUGAAAACAAGCUCCACCACUUUCAGCUCACCAUUUCUCCAGAUGAAGGAUAUUAUCAGGGAGGAAAGUUUCAGUUUGAAAUCGAUGUUCCCGAAGCCUAUAACAUGGUGCCUCCCAAAGUUAAGUGCUUGACAAGAAUAUGGCACCCAAACAUCGCUGAGACGGGGGAAAUCUGUCUGAGCUUAUUGCGUGAACAUUCGAUCGACGGCACGGGGUGGGCGCCCACACGCUCCUUAAAGGAUGUAGUAUGGGGAUUGAAUUCACUGUUUACCGAUCUACUAAAUUUUGACGAUCCACUGAACAUACAUGCGGCGGAGCAUCAUUUACGAGACAAGGACGACUUCAGGUGCAAAGUGCAGGACUUCAUCAAAAACUAUGCAAGAUGAUGCGCACGCCGUUUCGCACCGCACACACUUCCAACCCCGAGACCCACGAGCUGAAACUCCCGCAGCAUUUACACGACGGGAAGACGAGAGAAGGAUUCUGUGGAUCUCAAAUCUUCAGCAUGAACUCAAAAAUGGGGUGGGUGGAUGCGGGAGGGUAUUUGGGAUUAAUAUUUCCUUUUUAAUUAUCGCUCAGGGCUGACUUGCGGAAGCCCACAAUUGCUGCCACAGCUGGUUCUGCAUCAUCUACAGCUAAUGAUAACAAUAUUUAAUAAUAAUAAUAAAAAUUAUUCAAGGCAAUCAUGAAAAGAUGAGGACUCUCUGUUCCCUCAUGUGAUCUCACUCUACUAAUCACCACCUGCACGUGCACACUUCUGUAUUAUUAUUAUUAUUAUUAUUAUUAUUAUUAUUAUUAUUAUUAUUAUUAUUAUUAUUUUCUCUCUUCCUCUUUAAUUUUGUGUUAUUUUAGUAAUUUGCCACAAUCGCUAUUUGUUUUACAAAGAAAAAUAUGCUACAACACGUCUGGAGUCUCACGUUUGCUUGAUCUGUGCAAGAUAUAUAAAGCCACACUCCCUGAUUCUCUGAGUAAAGAGACUGUUUAAACUC